AUGUGGCGGUGUGAGCUUCUCGUACUCCUCUCGUUUCAUACGAUCUCAGGGCUCCUCCCAGUUGAAGCCUGCCCGACGGAGUGUCACUGCAUCGGUCAAGCGCGCGUAUCCGUCUACUGUGAUUUUCGAGGGCUUAAGGAAGUUCCGAUCAACAUCCCCGUAACCACGACGUACUUGGAUCUCUCUGGGAACAAGUUCACCAAAGUGUUGCCGGAAAUGUUUCUCGGCUACGUGACGGACAGUGAAGGCGUGUUCACCGCACAUAGAGCCCCUUUAACGCAACUCAAAGUGAUACAUCUGGACUUGAACCCCGUUCGUGUUGUCAACGAACACGCGUUUGAUACGACUCCGUCACUGGAACUCAUCUACUUGCCGUUUGACGUCAAGAUCCAACGGCAAGCGUUUGCUGAGAUGAAGACGGACAAGUUGACAUUUGACGGCUACGAGCGUGUUGAGCACCAUCCACUGGAAGAUCCCCACUUUGUUGCAUUCUCUCGAUCCUCAAAGUGA